CGACCCCCUCCCUUAUUUCAUUCGCUCGCCUCUCCGAACGCAAAGCAAGGAACCCGAUUCCUUCCUCUCCUUGCCUGACGCCUCCAGGGCAUUAGCUGAGCGGCGCGGCACGGCACCAGGCUGAGGACCGGGAUGCAGUCGGACGCGUCCACCUCCCCGCGGCGGCGGAGCACGAGCUGCUACAGCGACAGCGGCGACUCGUCCUGCUCCGAGCCCUUUAGCGAGUGCGGCAGCGACGACCUCUCCUUCACGCCCGCGGCCGCCGCGGGGAUCCACCGCCUGCUGCUGUCCUGCGCGGCGGAGGCGUCGGAGGACGCCAUCUCGUCCCUUAUGGCCGAGCUGGAGUCGCCGGCGCCGUCGCUGGACUCGCUCCGGCGCGCGGCCAUGGAGCUCCGGCUGCUGGCCAAGCACAACCCGGACAACCGGGUCCGCAUCGCCAAGGCCGGGGGCGUGCGGCCGCUCGUCAAGCUGCUGUCGCACGCGGACCCGCUGCUGCAGGAGCACGGCGUCACGGCGCUGCUCAACCUCUCCAUCUGCGACGAGAACAAGGCGACCAUCGUCGAGGCCGGCGCGAUACGGCCGCUGGUGCAGGCGCUCAAGUCCGCCGCGUCGCCCGCCGCGCGGGAGAACGCCGCGUGCGCGCUGCUCCGGCUCUCCCAGCUCGACGGCGCCGCCGCGGCCGCCAUCGGCCGCGCCGGCGCCAUCCCGCUGCUGGUCUCCCUCCUCGAGACCGGCGGCCUGCGCGGGAAGAAGGACGCCGCCACGGCGCUCUACGCGCUCUGCAGCGGCGCCCGCGAGAACCGGCAGCGCGCCGUCGAGGCCGGCGCCGUGCGGCCCCUGCUCGACCUCAUGGCCGACCCGGAGUCCGGCAUGGUGGACAAGGCCGCCUACGUCCUCCACUCCCUGGUGGGCUCGGGCGAGGGCCGCGCCGCGGCCGUCGAGGAAGGCGGCAUCCCCGUGCUCGUCGAGAUGGUGGAGGUCGGCAGCUCGCGGCAGAAGGAAAUCGCCACGCUCUCCCUGCUACAGAUCUGCGAGGACAACGCCGCGUACCGCACCAUGGUCGCCCGCGAGGGUGCCAUCCCUCCCCUCGUCGCCCUCUCCCAGUCGCCCUCCGCCCGCCCCAAGCUCAAAACCAAGGCGGAGUCGCUGAUCGAGUUGCUGCGGCAGCCGCGGAGCCCGAGCCUCCGCGCGAGGCCAGCGGCGGUCGUUGCGGCGGAGUGACGAACCGUUCCUCAAUCGGGCGGUCCCAUCCCACCCCCACCUUGGUCGCGCGUUCCCAGCCUGGCUUCACUUAUUCGGCGAGACGAGCCGGAGCCGGCACCGACCGGCCGGUGCGCGCGUGUAAAUAGCAAGCAGCGUGUUUGCGUCCGCGAGCGAGUGUACAGUUUCCUCAAGCGAGAUGUCGUCCGGAGGACCGAAGAACAGUCUAGCCUCCCUGCAAUUACCUCCCUCCCCGCCCAGCCUCCUUUUUGUUCCCUUUACAGUUUCGACUUCGGUUUGGUUGCUUCCUCGCCGCCGGCCGCGGCGAGGCAAAGCAGAAGGGUGUGUGCAGCGAAGCUGCGGAAAAGCUUCGAGUUCGCGUGUGCCCGUGUGGGUUGGAUUGUGCUAGUCUCAGUGUGUACGUGUGUGUGGGCAGCGUCUGGAACGAAUCAAGUUUGUUUCCGAUCCUGUGGUGGAUACGAGAAGCGCCUCUGUUCUUUGUGUCUC